AUGGGUCAUUCACAAAUCAAUCUUCUCGAGUAUCUUCGUACGAAGACACAGGUUGACCUGGAUACCUUUGACAUCACCCUAUCCAAGGAAUUCGGCAAAUGUGUCGACUGCACAUCUAACCAGUAUGAAUACUACACCGAGCUCGCAAAACCCACCCGGAAGGACAUAGUCCUCAAGGCCAUAGAGACUGCGAAAAAGCUGCGGGACCAAUUCCCCGAAGUCACCUUUGAGGAGUUGGCCGUAGAGAUAGGGGCAGUCUACCUUGCUCUAGCAAUGCUUCCCGAUAUCUCCGGAAACCUCCAUAUAAUGGCGAAUCCGAACUUCUCCUACUCGACGAAAAAGAUCGUCGAUACGGGGAAAAGGCUUCAUAGACUGUCGAAAAUCGCGGACCCAUCCUUUGACGGUUCCCGCCUGGUGAUGAAGGUGGCAGCGACAUGGGAGGGACUCCAAGGAUGCCGCGAGCUCCGCAACCUGGGCAUCAAGACACUAGGAACCACCCUCUUUUCGAUGGAGCAGGUCGUUUUGGCUGGCGAGGCCGGCUGCGUAUCCAUAUCCCCGUUUGUGCGCGAGCUUAAGGAGCUGGUUGAUCCGAGCUUCGUGGACCCCAACCCACAACUCGACCUGAGCGCCCAAGCACAGAGAUGGUACGAGGCAGAAGGGGUUCCGACAAAGGUCAAGGCGUGUGCUACACGGGGCCUCGACGAGCUUUUGAUCUUGGCGGGGGUUGAUGCGCAGACUCUGAUUCCGGAUGACCUGCGAGGUCUUCAGUCGACGACUCGGUCAAUGGCUGAGGUGGCUGCCAUGUCGCUUUUCAAGGCCACGGCUGAUACCAGGAUGGCGAAGAUGUCGUAUCCUUCGUAUAUUGAUAAUGAGGAGAAGUAUAGAAUGGACUUUGGGUAUGCGGAUGAGGGGAAUGCGCAGAGGAAGCUCGCACAGGCCAUCAACAUUUUCAGCGACUUUCAGGCCAAAGCGGAGGAGGUGGUCCGGAAUGCAAGGGCGGAGCAGGAGCGCGCGCAGGGCUAA